AUGAUCCGACGCGCCCUAACCGCCGCCUCAUCAGCGCGCACAUCACCCAGCACACUAUCAAGCGCCUCAUCCUGCAAGCUACAACUCACCCGUCCGUCAUGGCACCUUGUACGCACACCCAAGCAAACCAGAAUCCAAACGCCUCUGGAGAUCUCCAAGCCAAAAACCCGGCAAAAACUAACAACAAACCUCUACCAACAGAACCCCAGCACGCCCCGCCUCUUCACCACGACCCCGUCCACAGCCUUCAAAGCCUCACCACCAACAAAAGACCCCUCACCAUUCCGUCUCUCCGCAAACAAACCCGACUCCUCCCCACCGCCCUCAUUCGAAGAUGUCUAUUACAGCCCCUACCAGCCAAAGCGCCAAUGGCCACCGGAUAUGUCGAAGUUGUCACCGAAACACCAGUUCCGGCUUGAGCGCAAGUACCGUCGUCGUGCGGCGCUGAAGUAUGCGCGGCCGAAGUUUACGAAGGCUGUUACACUGGGACAGUGGGUUAUUAUUGGAUUUGUUAUUGUCUACUCUGUGCUGUUUAUGGAGUGGGAGACGGAGGAUACGGUGUUCCAUGUGAUUCGGGAGAAAUUCUUUGCUGGUGUUGGGGCUAUGUUCUCCAGCGCACCGCCUCCUGGUCCGAGAAGGGUUCAGAAGGACAAUGCGGCGUCUGAGGAGAGCUCGUAG